GUGAAUUUUGUUUAAUAUAAGUUAAUUAUUGUUUGUUGUCCUGUGAAACCGCUGUUUACGAGUUUCAUAUGUUUAAAAAAUUUGAAGUUUAACGGAAAACGUUAAUGUUGUUUUCUUACAUGUUGUGAUUAAGCUGUGGGAGAAGUCAUGUUUUUCCAAGUUAAUGUGACUCCAGAGGCUAAGCCUAGGAAAAAGUCGAUGGUGAAACCACCAAAUGAAUCGGAGGAAAUCAGUGUUUUGUCUCUGGCACCUUUCACAGCCAACCCGAAGAUUUUCUUUGAAGAUAUUCCAGUGGGAAAGGAGGCCAAGAGGUUGCUGUGCAUAAAGAAUCCAACAAAAAAUCCUAUAGAAUUGAUUAUAACAAAAGCUCCACCUCCUGAGAGGCAGGUUAGUUUCAAUUGGGGUGAGAAGUUGAUAGAGGCUGCUUCUGAAGAAAUUUUUGAAAUUAAUUGGAUUUCAAUGAAAGGGGGUCCGUGGAGAGAUAACAUCACUUUUGAGGAUGGCUAUAAGAUCAAGAGGGAUGUCCCGAUUACAUUUAAAAGUCUACCUCCAAAGGUGACAAAGAAACCACUGAAGAGAGCUAUUGUUAAUAUAAAGCCAGCACUUAAGAUACAUAAGGCUUCGGUGCCAUUAAGGAAAAGUCCUAAAAAAACGAUGAAAGCGAAACAAUUGAAUCCAAUUAUUACCAUUGAUUCACCAUUAAGAAGGCAGACUUACGACGUCGACGAUAAGGAGAAUUUCAAUUUGGCAUUGUCGAGUACGUUAAAGGAUAACGUGUACGCUUCACCGGCGAGUUCGUUGUUCAAUUUAGAACCUAGUAAUAAUACGUACACGAUGAACAAGGCGAACAAGAAGAAACUGAACGAGAGCUGUACGUUUGAGGACAGUUUGGAGAUUAAGUCGCCGAUGAAAUUGGAAGAACCCUCGCCAAUCAAGCGUUUGCAAAGUCUGGCUUUCACGCCUCUGGUGAAUCACAGUUUGACCAGCAGAUUGAAAGAUAUCAACUUCACGCCGGACAAUAAUCCACUCUUCAAUCCGAGCAUCUGCUCAACCGGAGAGAAAUCGCAGAAUAUCUUCAACUUUGAAAACGAAAAAUCACAAAGCAGUUUCAAUUUAGAAACAGCAGACAAGGAAGUCUCACCAGUCAAUUUGAGCACGGAAACUUAUGUGAAGGGCAACAACAGUUUCGAGACUUACGUUAAAGGUAACCUCAGCGGAGAGACUUAUGUAAAGAACACGAGCACCUGCACGUAUAUUAAAGACGAUUCCAUCGGGGAUUUGGGUGCACUCGGCAGUCCUGUGGUGAUGAAGAAACCCGAGGUGCCGUCGGCGAAGAGCAUAAUUGAAGCCGACAUGUGGGCGACGGAACCGCAAAAGAAACCCAAGCAAUUGGAUAUGAUCGCAGAAGAAUCGUCAUCGUUCUCCUGCGAAAACCUCACGCCGAGUAAAUCGUUCAACAUCAGAAAACGCAAGUCGCAUUUCGUGAACAUGGCAUCUCCGCCGAAGAGGCUGCAGCGCGAGGAGAACAAAGACUGGGGCAGGAAGUCCAUAACGACGAAGAAGACUAAGAUGAAUAUGACGUUGAACUUGAAGCAAUUUAUAAACAAGAGCAAAACGAAUUUGGUGGAGAGCGAUCUGGUCGUGUUGCAUAAUCCGGAUGCUUUCUUGUCCAGCAAUCCGUACUUUUACGCGGAAACUGGCAAAGGUUUCGACCCGUUCAUGAGCGCCACUCUGUAUUACGAACCUAAGUGGAUGGACGAGCAGGAGGAGAGGUUCAAGAAAUGGCUGAACGCACUUUUAACGCCGCCCGAGGAGCUCAGCGCGAACAGCGACGGCCCUAAAGACAUUUCCAGAUUGUGGCAGGAAUGCAAUCGUAAGGAAGUCGAGAAACCGUUGAGCAAAGAAGAGAUAUCCAAUAAGGUCCAUGUUAAAGGGCAUUUGGAGGUGUUAAGGAGGAACGCGUUAGCUAUAUUCCGAUCGAGGGAGAUGUCAGAGGUUCUAUCCAAGAGCGUAAAGAUGGUUGAGAACAAGAAAUUUGAGAUCAGAGCUGACAGAGAUGUUCAUCUAAACUUAUCGCUGCAAUCGGAAGUCAUGUCGCUGUUCCUUUCCUACAAUCCGCUGUGGUUGCGUAUCGGCUUGGAGGUCGUCUUUGGAUUCAAGCUUAAAUUGACAUCGAAUUCCGACGUCCUCGGGCUGAGCAAGUUCUUGUUGCAAUACUACUUCAGCGAACCGUAUUUGCUCAAGAAAUACAAGAGUGUGCAUGCCAGUAAUUACACUGCGGAAAUCAACAAGCACAUGCUGAAAAAGUUUCUCAUGUUGGUGUACUUCCUGGACCGAAGUAAAAAUAAUAAAUUAAUACCGCACGAUCCGUGCCUGUUCUGCAAGAAUGCCGUCAUCAAGGAGAGUAGAGAGUUACUGAUCAAGUUCUCUUCGUUGCUUUUGCACGCCAUAGGCGAUAUCACCAAGUCUCUGAGACUCAUCGGGUACGUGGUCAGUUACAAGCAGACGUAUAUUCACGAAUUUGAAUACGCCAUAGAAAAUUUAGGCGUGGAUUUGAGAGACGGCGUUCGACUGGUGAGGAUUAUGGAGAUCAUCUUGCUGAGGGAUGACUUGACGAAGAGCCUCCGGGUGCCGGCGAUAUCGCGCAUCCAGAAAGUUCAUAACAUGAAGAUCGCUUUCAAAGCGUUAGUCGAUGCGGAGUACGAGAUUCUUCAUGAAAUCGAACCCAAAGAGAUCGUUGAUGGGUACCGGGAAAAAACGUUAUCCUUCUUGUGGCAGAUUAUCCAUAAAUUCGAAGGUCCUAGAAUGAAGAAGGCCGUCAUCACCGUGCAGCACUGGUGGAACUGUUUGAGUAUGGUGAUCAAGCGGAGAAUAUUGAAGAAGCGAUUCGAGAUGCGCAAUAAUGCGGCACGAUUAAUCCAAGUGUGGUAUAAGAGGCAGACGUACAGGUCCAGGUUAGAAUUCUUCAUACCGCUGCUGAGACAAUACUUGAAGUUGAUGAAGGAGACCAGAGCUGCGAUUAAAAUCCAAGCACGCUUCAGGAUGUAUGUCUUAAGAAAACGUUUCGUGUCCCUAAGAAAGAGCGUCGUAGCGAUUCAAAGCUUCAGCAGAAAGUGGUUGGUCAAGUUACAAAUGCACGUGAAACUGGCAGCUGUACUUCGAAUCCAAUCUACGGCUCGUACAUAUCUGGCAAGGAAGAGAUUUAUGACGUUGAAAGCAACGGUUCAUUACGUAGAGCACAUGUACUUCGCUAAAAAGUCGAUGCAAGUUCAGAGGGAUUCCUUCCUGAAACUUAAGCAAUCCGCUAUUGUGAUUCAACGCAAAUUCAGAGCUACAAAAUUGAUGGAAACCGAAAAGCAACGGUAUUUGGAAAUCAGAGGUUCUGUGAUCACCAUACAGCGCGCCUUCAAAGCGUACAAAGAUAAACAUGAAUACCAACAAUUACGUCUGGCCACAAUCUACGUCCAGCAACGAUUCAGGUGUUUGAAACUCAUGGAAAUGGAAAAGGUGAAAUAUCUGGAGAAGAAGAAUGCAAUUGUUGUUAUGCAAAGAUGGAUUAGAGCCCGGAACGAGCGCAAGAAUUAUGUGAGUUUGAGAAAUGCAGUCGUCUUGGUGCAAAGGAGAUUCAGAGCUGCGCAGCUAAUGAAAUCGGAAAGGGAACAAUACGUGAAGAAGAGAGAUGCCAUUGUUGCAAUUCAGCGAGCCUUUAGGGCUCGAAAGGAAAGGAAACACUUUGUGGAACUGAGACGAUCGGUAGUAAUCGUUCAGGAAAGAUACAAGGCUCUCAAAUUGAUGCAGUUCGAGCGAGAGAAUUACGUGAAACUUAAAACUUCAACAGUUAAAAUUCAACGUGCGUUCAGAGCGUACCAAGAUCGCAGAAACUAUUUAGAGUUGAAGCGUGUAGUGAUCAACCUGCAACGAAGAUAUAAAGCCUCGAAACUCAUGCAAAUCCAAAGAGACAGGUAUUCAAAACUGAGAGACUCAACUAUAAAGAUUCAACGGAGAUUUAAAGCUUACGUGGUUAGGAAAAGCUAUUUGGAAUUGCGGAAGGCUACAAUUAACGUUCAGUUAAGAUACAGAUCUUUGAAACUAAUGCAGGCAGAAAGAGAUCAUUACCAGAGGAUCAGAGAAUCAUCUAUAAAAAUACAGCGCGCGUACAAGGCUUUUGGUGAGAGGAAAAACUAUUUGGAAUUGAGACGCUCUGUAGUAACGAUUCAACAGAGAUACAGAGCCUUAAAGCUGAUGCGUCUGGAGAGGGCUAAUUAUUUAAAACUGAAAGAUAGCUCUGUUAAAAUCCAAAAUAAGUUCAGAGCUUAUAAAGAGCGUACAAGCUAUUUGGAACUUAAGCGAUGUGUAGCGGUGAUUCAGUGCAGAUUCAGGGCUCAAAAAGUUAUGGAAUUGGAACGUCGCAAUUAUCAGACUUUGAGAAAGUCUGCGAUUAAAGUCCAGAGUUAUUACAGGGCAUACAGCGCUUGCAACAGUUAUUUGAGACUUCACCGAUCGGUUGUUAACGUUCAGUUAAGAUACAGAGCUGUGAAAUUGAUGCGACUCGAGCGUCGGAAGUAUUUGCAACUUAAAGACUCUUGCAUCAAAAUUCAAAGUUGUUUCAGGACUCGCGUUCAGCGGAAAAACUAUUUGAAGUUGAGAGGUGCCGCAGUUGUUGUUCAACGUAGAUUUAGAGCGUCGAUAUUGAUGAAACUUGAAAAAGAAAAGUAUGAAAGACUGAGAGAGUCAACUGUGAAGAUUCAACGUGCUUUCAGGACGUACUGCGAUCGUAAGAAGUAUUUGGAAUUGAGAAGAGCGGCUGUUGUGAUUCAGAGGAGGUACAGAGCUGUGAAAUUGAUGCGACUAGAGCGUCGGAAGUAUUUGCAACUUAAAGACUGUUGCAUCAAAAUUCAAAGGUGUUUCAGGACUCGCGUUCAGCGGAAAAACUAUUUGGAAUUGAGAGAGGCCGCAGUUGUUGCGCAGCGUAGAUUUAGAGCGUCGAUAUUGAUGAAACUUGAAAAAGAAAAGUAUGAAAUUCUGAGGGAAUCGACUAUGAAGAUUCAACGUGCGUUCAGGGCGCACUGCGAACGUAAGAAAUAUUUGGAGUUGAGAGGUGCCGCAACUGUUGUGCAGCGUCGAUUUAGAGCAUUGAUGUUGAUGAAAGUUGUAAAAGAAAUCUACGAAAGACUGAGAGAAUCAACUGUGAAGAUUCAACGUGGUUUCAGGGCGCAAUGCGAACGCAAGAAGUAUUUGGAAUUGAGGAGAGCGGCUGUUGUGAUUCAGAGGAGGUACAGAGCUUUGAGAAUGAUGAGAUUUGAAUCGCAAAAGUAUUUGAAAUGCAGAGAAUCGAUUGUGAAAAUCCAGCGCGCUUAUAGGACAUUUGUCGAGUGCAAGAAAUAUUCGCAGUUGAGACGUGCCGUUGUUGUCGUUCAAUGUAGGUACAGAUCGUUGAUGAUGAUGAGAGAAGAAAGGGGAAAGUACGUUACUUUGAGAGAGUCGGCGAUAAAGAUCCAACGUGCUUUCAGGGCGAGGCAAGAGCGAAGAAGUAUUAUGGAUCCGGAAUUGCAGAAGAUCAGAAAGGAGAAGAACUCGGCGACGAAGAUUCAAGCGGCGUGGCGUGGUUACAAAGUGCGGAAGGCGAUGAGUUUGGACCUGCAGCAGAUCAGGACCAGGGUGAAGGCCGUGGACGCCGUCCCCGAGAAGACGUUAGGUCAGAGGCGGAUCAGAGCGUUGAAGAUACUCAUCGACAGCUACUCGAGCUUGCUGCAGAUGAUCCGCGCACUGCAAGAUCUCGAUUACAUCACCAGAAGAUCGCAGGAGUCUUGCUUGCAGUUGAGCAAGGAAGGCCCAGAGAACCUCUUCGCCAUGGUGAUAUCGACGGCACGCUCGUUGCCGGACAUGCAGGCAUGCCAAUUGGCCACGAGUAUCCUGAUCAAUUUCUGCAAGUACGAGAAGUCUAGGAACAACUGCUGGUACCCUCAAUACCUGGAGGAGUUCGUCAAGGUGAUGUUGCACUGGUGCGACAAGGAAGGAGAUCUGUUCCCGCACUUCUGUACGCUGUUCUGGCUGUACACGCACGACCCGGAAUGGCUGGAGUGCAUCAAGAAACUCCCCAACUUGGAGCAGUCCUUCGCCAAGAUGAAGACGCUUUCGGAGAGGAAGGCGAAGAUGGUCGUGAAAUCUUACAACAGCAAGCAGGCAUCCACUUUCUCCGCUUACACGAAACUUCCACUACCUUCCCUGAAACCCGACUGGGGUUACGAGUGCAAAGAUAAACCCAGAAUCUUUACCAAUUCUCUGCACGCACUCAAAUCCAUCCUGGACAAAUUGUACAAGCAUUGAAGGUCUCAAUGUUAAUUUUAAUUUUUUUGUUUUGUGAUAUGUAAUUAACUUAAUUUUUAAGCGUUUUCUCUGUCUAUCCGUCAGUUUGUUUUAUAUGAACCUAGUUUAUAUUUUUUUAUAUU